CGUCAUUGCAGAAUUUUUAUUUGUGGCUAUUUCUAAGUUGACCAUAGCAAAUGGUGUAGUGGGAUAAUCAUUAACAUUACAUUCAGCAUUCGCAUUACGUACUACUUUAAAAAAUUAAAAAAAAGAUCAAGUACUCUAAAUCUUGGGUUUCGACUUUCAAGUUAAUUACAACACAAGUAGCACAUUAUUUGUGCUAAAAUUAGUUCAGCUAUGCCAUCAGUUCAAGAGCCGAAUGAGUGAAGUGUGACUUGCAUUGCAUCGCUUGUAAAUUGCAGAAUAAAGUGGACCGUCAUUCUUCAUUAUUAAGUAUAUUGUUGUUCAGUUCGCAUUGUAUUACACAGAAUUUCUGCAGUUGUGGUGAAGCCAUAAGACACGAUUUAAACAGAAUUGAUGAGGAAAAAAAGUACAGUUUUGCAGUGCUGCCAUUUGGUUGAGUUGAGUUGAAUAUAGCAGUACAUUCCAACAUGUUGUAAUUCCAAUUUGAAGUUCACAACGUGCAUUUUAUGUAGAUUUUAUACACUCUGAAUCAAGCCACAUUUUUAUUUACUGAAAUAUUUGAUACGAUGGUGUCAAUCAUUCAAAGUGUCAAAUGUAAUAGUUUUUGUACAUUCGAUUGCUUCCGUAUCUGCAAAUCUUCCUAAACCGAGACGAGGAUAAAUAAGUCCUGACUGUGCAUACAAAUUUUGCAUCAGUAAUUUUCGCUUAAAUUUUCGAAUACCCCGUGUCGUGAAUAUUUAUCAAAGAAAAUUAAUAUUUCUCCAUAUAUUAAAUAGGUGCGCUAUUAUAAUGACGUAUAGUGCGUAAUAUGUGCUAUAUUAUCAACAACGAAUGAUUGAUAAUGCAAUGGAGAAUUAAUCACACAUUCACUCGGGGUGAAUAAUUAUUAAGGACGUAUUGAGUAGUGCUCAUGUUAACGAUCAUGACAAAUUGUGUGAAUGGGAUUCUGCUUUGCUCUCCGCUGUAAUUACGUGUGCAUCAUUUAUUUUUUGAUAAGAGAAACCAACUGUUGAGUAUUCACAUCACACAACCUUUACCCAAGAGAAAAUAUGAUGGCAGGAUAUUAAGUAUAUCAUCAGUUAUCAAAUGGUCAUAUGGAAGACAUCAGCUGGAGUUUUUAUUUGAUUCGCCCUUAACCAACUUGAGUUUUUGUGGCGUGAACAGUGAUUAAGAGUGUCAUUAGGUAUCAGGAGUUCUAUUGUAUUGUAUUUUUGUGCUGUUAGGCUUUUAGCCAUGAGUAGACAAAAUCUUUCUACUGGUACUUCCAGUAAAAUGGGGGACUUGGAAAAUAAUAAUGUGAAGGACUCUAUUCCGGACCAUAAGGACGAAUAUUUAGAUGAUCCACUCCCAGAUUUAGUUGGAAAUUUAAAAAUUACAGAAGAACCCGAACCCGAUCUCACUCUAGACCAAGAAUUUGUCCUCGAAGACUUUGAGUUUAAUAUAACGAGUGAUGAAGAUGAUUCAGGCUCAGAUCUAGAAUUUUUUGACGCCACCACUGUGUCCAGCUCCGGAAGUGGGGAUCAAUCCAACUCUGAAGGUUUACUUCCUGAUCAUGAAAAUGUGCACGUUGAACUUGAUCAAAAUUUUAGCAUUAAUAACUGUGAUGAUAAUGAGACUGAAGGAGGAACUUGCAGUGGUAGUUCUAAUAGCAGUAGUGGAACUAUGCGUAGAUUGGGAAAUGUGAGAGACACGGCCCGUAAAGUGGCUGCGAGUGUAAAGGGAAUGGUUGGGAAACAAAAAUCCAAGAAACAUAUACGAGUGACUUAUCAUAACCUAGAUAAGCCUUACACUGCUAGAGUUAGUUCUGCUCACCAUUAUAAAAAUUAUUUAACGCUUGGAGAAGAACCAACCGGAAAUACUUUCGGAAUGAGCCAGUCCAACUCGGUAACUAGUGAUUUGGGAUCACCAAUUGACCCGUCCUUAACCCAGGAGGAACGAGAAGCUCUGAGAGCUGAAUGGCAAGGAGAGUUGAAUCAAGUUGAAGACGAAAUCCAAACUCUGAGACAAGUGCUUAACGCUAAAGUUAGACGAGCUCAUGAGUUGAAGCGAAAACUAGGCGUGACCGUAUGGGGAGAGUUUACGCAAGACAUGGGAAUCGGCAUUAAAAGCGUCCGGGAUUCCACUGCUGUCCAGAAAAUUGAGGAAUCAAUUAGCACAGUUACUAGUGCUGUCACUAGUGCCCCUUUAUACCAAAAGACUGAAUCGGCAAUCAAAGCUACGGCUGAAAAAACAACGUCUAUUUUCGGUGGCAUUGGAUCGGCUAUGAGCCAAAAGAUAGGGGCCCUCAAAAAUACAGAGUCGUUCAGAUCGAUGGAAGAACGGGUCUCCUCUGCUGUGACCUCUGUAAAGACGAAAAUGGGUGGGUCCCGAAGCGGAAGUGUGCAAAAUUUCGACGAGGCGCUUCGCGAAGCAACUGCAAAUCAAGAAGGAGGAGAUGCAUCGAAACCAAACGGAACUUCGGCCGCACCCACUGGUGUUGAAGAUAAGCAACAACCACACUCCUAAUCUGGUUACUCAACCUGCAUUUUGGUUCGGUUUACUUUUUGUGGAUAAGUCAAUUAGCCGCUAACAGAUAACAACUCGAUCGUCGUGCAAGAAACCAACCCAACAAACUAUAAUAUGGAUAACGAAUAGAAGAGACGCCUCCCUGUUUAUGCAUACCUGCUCAUUUCUGUGUUACUAAAUUAAUGCUAUUGUCCAGCCAAACGAUUAUUGUAUAUUAUCAUAUCCGAAUAUUUACUUUAGUAUUCAUAAUUUUUGCUUUAAUUUGUCGACUGCUUUAUAGAAUUCUAGAUAAAUUGUAUGCCUCACGAACGAGUAGAAAGCCAAUCACAUAAAUAAUAAAAAGUGUACUGUGGUUGUACUUUUCAUUGUGUGUAUUUUUUAAACACGAAAUUGAAUUGUUCGGAAUGAUGUUGCCCAAUGAUAAAAUUCAAAUAUAAAUGAUUAUAGACAUUUCCAUGUAAAGACAUUUGGAAGCUCUUCGUUGUUGUUAUUCCUAACCUAUCACAUAUAGAUUGAACCUUUAUAUCUGCUAAUUUGUUUUGGUUGGGCAAUAGUAAGUCAACGUACUUCAGUACAAUAAAAAUCCAACAACAAAUAGCUUUAGAUCAAAAUCUAUGGUAACUUUAUGAAUAUGUACUAAUAAUAUAGUCCAUACUCCUGGCCAAUUUUGUGUCCUUCACUAUCAACAAAUUCAGAUGCUAUUUUCCUUUAAACUAUAAAUAUAUCUUACCACACAAUUAAUAUAGAUUAAAGUUCCCUCCGUACUGCUAAAUAUUAAAAUUAGGUGUCCACUUUUAGGUGAUUAUUAUAUAUCUUGUAUUCAAUAAUUACGAUAAUUUCCCCAGCUCCUUGUAAUUUAUAGUUUGUUGUGGUUUAUGAUUCCAUCACGUUUGCAUGUCACCAAUAAAGUGAACCUUGUCUAAGAAUCCUAAGUGCAUAGAAAAUUAAAAAUUCCUCUUCUACGAUUUUACGUUGUGUCCAGUGGUUUGGUUUGAUUAUGUAUCAGUCGUGUACCUACAUUCAUACAUAUGUUCUGAAUAUUGAUAACAAAUGAAAGAAAAAAUUCCAUUUUAUGAUUAUUGCCGACGCUAAUGCCAAUCCUACGUAUUAACUACAUACCUUUAAUUAGAUGUACGUAUGCUGUAUGAUAUUAAGUAGAUGUUAAAAUAAUUUGGAAUUGUACAGUUUGAAUUAUAGGCUUUACUAGGUGUCUAACCAUUAGAAGUUUAUAUUAUUGGUAUUUGGUCUAUGCUUGUAACAGUAUAAUAAAAUAAUUGAUCUGAUUUGUGUAGAACCAAUAAAUAGAACACACCGUCUUCUCAAU